AAGUGAGACAAAGACAAACUUAAGCACACUAAAAUUAUUUCUUUGGACGAAUAGCAAACACAAAAAUUAAAGACGAUCCAAAAAAUAGGAGCAAUUGGUGCAAAAUCUUCGUGUUUUAAAUAGGCCAUAGACCAAAAGCCCAAAACUACAUUGUAAUUCUAAUCACCUGUGAAGAGUCGGUAACAUUAGCAGAGUAGAAGAGAAAUCAACGAGAAAAAGUAGUGCCCUUCAAUGGAUACUUCUCCACUCAACGAAGCCCUGGCCUCCAAAUCCUACGACAAAAUUGCUGAUAUCUGUGACAAUCUCAUUCUCCAGGGUGCUGCUGAAGGCAUUGAGUUUCAAGACGAAUGGCCGUACGCGAUUCACCUUCUAGGCCAUAUUUACAACAAUGACAUUAAUAGUGCAAGAUUUUUGUGGAAGAGGAUGCCUGCAGCUAUUAAGGAGGCACGGCCGGAGGUGGUGGCGGUGUGGAGGAUUGGGCAGAAGCUUUGGACAAGGGAUUAUGCCGGUGUGCACGAGGCGAUUCGUGAGUUCAGCUGGAGUCCCGAGGUUCAGCCUAUUGUUGCUUCCUUUGCAGAAUUAUACAAAAAAAGAAUGUUUGAGCUCCUGCUUGCUGCUUAUUCAACCAUUAGCACACAAGACUCGGCUCACUUCCUGGGAAUGAAUGAAAAUGAUGCUACAAACUAUGUGCUGCAACAGGGUUGGGUAUUGGAUUCGGCUUCUCAAACGCUUACUGUGAAGAAACAGGCAGUUGUAAAAGAACAGAAGUUGGACCCCAGUAAAUUACAGCGCUUGACUGAGUAUGUGUUCCAUCUGGAGCACUAAAUCAGUUUGUUGGUUCCCAGAUUAGGUGUUUUCGUUACUCUAAAUAGUUGGAGAAAUUAGGUGGCAAAAUUUUAUAGCAACAGAUCUAAGCAUGCUUCGAUGAUUAUUAUGGUUCUCUCUUGAUAACUAUAUUACUACCAUGAAAUCGAGAAGAACACAGUUCUUUGAAAAGUUUUCUUUGUUAAGGGGCAUUAGUAGAUAUCAAACAAUGUUGAACAAUCUUCUUUUAGUUAUUGAAGGUUUUUUCUUAAA